AUGGAGGUCCUAACUGCUUCUUUUGCUAACACCACCGCAUCUUUGCCAUUCAACCAAUACUUGAGUGACUUUGAUUUCUCUCAAGUAUCAUGGUUGAAAGUCAUUUUGACUACUCUUUGUCUUGCCAUGGUCUACGAUCAAGUUUCGUACCAACUUUCUAAAGGUAACAUUGCUGGGCCUACUUUCAAAUUCUACCCAUUCAUUGGGCCAUUCUUGGAAUCUUUGGACCCUAAGUUUGAAAUUUACCAAGCCAAAUGGAAUUCUGGUCCUUUGAGUUGUGUUUCUAUUUUCCACAAGUUUGUCGUCAUUGCCAGUACCAGAGACUUGGCCCGUAAAGUCCUCAGUUCCCCAAAGUAUGUGAAACCAUGUGUUGUUGAUGUUGCAGUCAAGAUCUUGAGACCUUCAAACUGGGUGUUCCUUGAUGGUAAGGCCCAUGUUGAUUACAGAAAGUCUUUGAACGGGUUGUUCACUCGUCAGGCCCUUGAAAUGUACAUUCCUCAACAAGAGAAGAUUUACGACAAAUAUCUUUCAAAGUUCGUGGAAUUGUCAAAAGAUGGUCCAAUUCCUUUUUUCCACGAUUUCAGAGAAAUCAUGUGUGCUGUUUCUUUGAAAACUUUCUGUGGUGAUUAUAUCACCGACGAUCAAAUUAGAAAGAUUGCCGAUGAUUAUUAUCUUAUCACUGCGGCUUUGGAACUUGUCAACUUCCCAAUUAUCAUUCCUUACACCAAGACCUGGUACGGUAAGAAAACUGCCGAUAUGGUCAUGAAGAUUUUUGAAGGAUGUGCCGGUAAAGCUAAAGAACACAUUAAGAACGGUGGUGAGGCAAUCUGUGUCAUGGAUGCCUGGGUUGAAUUGAUGGAAGAAGCCAGAAAGAACAAGUCCGAUAACCCAGAAUCCAAGUUGUUGGUUCGUGAAUUUUCCAACAAGGAAAUCUCCGAAGCUAUUUUCACCUUUUUAUUUGCCUCUCAAGACGCUUCUUCCGCUGCUACUUGCUGGCUCUACCAAAUUGUUGCCGACAGACCAGAUGUUGUUCGUAAGAUCCAUGAAGAACAACUUGCCGUCCGUGGUGGUGAUCCAAACGUUCCAUUGUCUCUUGAUCUUAUUGAAAAGAUGACCUACACUAACAUGGUGGUCAAGGAAACUUUGCGUUACCGUCCACCAGUCAUCAUGGUCCCAUACGUUGCUAAGCAAAAAGUCCCAUUGACCGAAUCUUACUCUGCUCCUAAGGGCUCCAUGGUGAUUCCAACUUUGUACCCUGCUUUGCACGACCCAGAGGCUUACGAAAACCCUGAAGAAUUCAUCCCUGAACGUUGGGUUGCUGGGGGUGCUGCCGAACAAGCCAAGAAGAACUGGUUGGUCUUUGGUACUGGUCCUCACGUUUGUUUGGGUCAACAGUACGUCAUGUUGUUGUUUACUGGUUUGAUUGGAAAAUCCGUGAUGUUUAACCACAUCAAGCACAAGGUUACUCCAUUGAGUGAAAAGAUCAAGGUCUUUGCAACAAUUUUCCCACAAGAUGAUUGUAUUUUGGAAUUCUCCAAGAGAGAUGAUCCUACUGUUUUGGAUGCCGUUGUUGCCCACUAA